AUGGCAAUCUAUGAUCGCAUGAAUGCGGUCAAAACCUCCCAUGCUGGCGCCAUGCUUGUUCGCACAGCGCUUGAUUCCUUUCAAAUCGACGAUGCGAAAGGAAGUUAUCAGGCUAUUGUGCACCAGCCUCUCGGCAUAAGGCUAUCUGACAUCAGACAUCGAUUCCCAGAUAAAAUACUACCCGAAGAAUCAGUGAAAUUGGUUUUAGUACAUCUUCUAUUUGCUCUUGACUACCUCCAUACAAAGGCUGGCAUCAUCUAUACCGACAUACAGGAAAACAAUAUCCUGGUCGGGAUUGAGGACGAAUCAGUGUUGACUGAGUUUGAGGAAGGAGAGAAAUAUAAUCCUAGUCCUCAGAAAGUCGUUGGAAAUAGGGUGAUUUAUGCAUCUCGCGAACUCAAGACGACAGAUAACUAUGGCCGACCUAUUUUAUGUGACUUUGGUCAAGCUCGUUUCGGUUCUACCCGUUACUAUGGUGACAUUCAACCUUAUAUAUACCGAGCUCCAGAAGUUUUGCUACGUACGACUUGGGAUGAAAAGGUUGAUAUUUGGAAUCUCGCGGUUCUCACAUGGACCAUUUUCCAACGGAAGCAACUAUUUUAUGCCAGAGAUUCAAACAAGAAACAGGCAAACGCUUAUCGUCUCUCUGAGAUGAUUGCGAUUCUUGGACCGCCACCCAAAGAAAUCUUACAGAACAACGACUAUGCUGCAGAAUUCUUUGAUUCAGAUGGCAAUUGGAAGGGAGCGGCUCCCAUUCCAUCAACCACCUUGGAGCAGCGGGAGGAAAUUUUGCAAGGUAAACAGCAACAACUCUUUCUUGCCUUCAUGCGCAAAAUGCUUCAGUGGCGGCCAGAGGAAAGAAGUUCUGCUAGUGAAUUAUUGGCGGACAAGUGGCUAGGCUUUUCGCCAUUGUUGACCGUCGACUCAUACCAAGGAGAAGAGAACGACAUCAUCAUCCUCUCGCUUGUUCGAUGA